AUGAUUGGGAGCAAAAUGAUGGUUAUGUUGAGUAUUUUAGUGGUUAUGACUGUUAACGCUGCUAAACGAAAUGCUCAAUGUAAUAAUGUUUGUCAAGGAAAAAUGACAGUUGAAUGCUGCGAGUGUAUUGGAUGUAAUCAAGGAAUGCGAUUCGGAAAACGAUCAAUGUCUUAUAAUAUUCCGUUUGACUUUGAUGAUGAAAUUGGUUAGUUGAAAACUUAUAAUUUUCAAAUAUUGAAGGAGUUUUUUUUGGUUUAGUAGUAGCGUCGGAAUAUGAUAAUAGUAUAUUUUGAUUCAGCUAAUAACAAGUAGAAACGAAAACGACGAUUAUUUAUUUUUUGAAAUUUUUUGGAAAUUUUUAAAACUUUUUUACUUUUUUCAAAAAUAAUAAUCUGAUGGUUUGACAGGUGUUGAAGAAGUGUUAGAAGAACUCGAGAAUGAACUUGCCAGCCGACCACAUCGUUUGAAUGCAAAAAAGCUUCUAUGA